UAUCUUCAUUUAAUCGAAACCGGACAGCACAAUGCCGUCCUUGAUCCCUUCCUUCCAUCUCCAAGAAAAAAAAAGGCCGUCUGUGUGACCUGGUUGGUAUAUAUUUGCAUACAAAACUAUUAAAUCUGGACCUACUUUGCUACUGAUUUCUGCUUUCGAUUAAAAAAUCCAAGUUGAACACAAUCACUCAUAGUAUUUUAUAAACAGCUAGCCUUAGUCGUACACCACCACUAUUCUAUAUUUCUAAUGUGUGAUAUUUCUAUCCUAUCCUCUCUACUCCUCGUUUUCUUUCUUACAUUUCAAACCUUAAUCGUCCUAAAUUAGAAAUAAUCAAACAAAACCCACAAGAUAAACAAUUAAAAUUGGACAAAUUUCUUCUUUUUUGCCGAUUUGAAUUGCAAAAAGAAAGAAACACCUACACAAAAAAAAGGGUAAAAAUGAGUGAAUUGAAUGAGAGAUUUAAAGCAUUUAUCAACAAUAGAUGGCUGGUAUUUGUAGCAGCAAUAUGGAUACAAGCAUGUGCAGGAAUUGGGUAUAUGUUUGGGAGUAUUUCACCAGUAAUUAAGAGUAAUUUGAACUACAAUCAAAGGCAAGUAGCAAGAUUGGGUAUUGCCAAAGAUUUGGGAGAUAGUGUUGGAUUUUUGACUGGUUAUAUUUGUGAAGCUUUGCCUUUGUGGGCUGCUCUUCUUGUUGGUGCUAUUCAAAAUUUGGUUGGUUAUGGCUGGGUUUGGCUCAUCAUCACUGGUAAAGCCACCCCUUUGCCUUUGUGGGCCAUGUGCCUUCUUAUAUUUCUCGGAACAAAUGGGGAAACGUACUUCAAUACAGCUGCUCUUGUCUCUUGUGUGCAAAACUUUCCAAAAAACCGAGGUCCAAUUGUGGGUAUUCUGAAAGGCUUUGCCGGGCUGAGUGGAGCAAUAUUGACCCAAAUUUAUGCCCUAAUUCACAGUCCUGACCAAGCAUCACUUGUCUUUAUGAUCGCAGUUGGACCAACUAUGGUAGUUAUUUCCCUUAUGUUCAUAAUAAGACCUGUCAAAGGUCACAGACAAAUCCGGCCUUCUGAUGCAAGAAGUUUCUCAUUUGUCUAUAGUGCUUGCCUUGUGCUGGCUGCUUAUCUGAUGGGGGUGAUGCUUGUCCAAGAUCUGAUUGAUGUCAGUCAUACUAUCGUCAUCAUAUUCACCUCGAUCUUAUUCAUAAUCCUGUUGUACCCUAUGUCCAUCCCAGUGUUAAUGACAUUUACCGAAGAACCAAGACAGUCGAUUGAGGAAGCUCUUCUUCUGGAGCCUGAGAAAAAGGAAUCUGGAAAAGCAGCCGAAUCUGACACUGAAGUUGUAUUUAGUGAGCUUGAAGAUGAGAAACCAAAGGAAGUAGACAUGCUUCCAAGGUCAGAGAGGAAAAAAAGAAUUGCUCAGCUGCAAGCAAGGGUUGCCCAAGCAGCAGCGGAGGGAGCAAUCAGGGUUAAGAGAAGAAGAGGUCCUCAUAGGGGAGAAGACUUUACAUUAACACAAGCUCUCGUUAAGGCAGACUUCUGGCUUCUCUGGUUUCCAUUUGUGCUUGCUUCUGGUUCUGGUUUGACUGUAAUUGACAAUCUUGGUCAGAUGAGCCAAUCUUUAGGGUAUGAUAAUACUCAUAUAUUUGUAUCCAUGAUUAGCAUUUGGAACUUCCUUGGCCGUGUUGGAGGGGGUUAUUUGUCUGAGAUUGUUGUCAGGGAUUAUGCUUAUCCGAGGCCGGUGGCAAUGGCUGUGGCUCAAGUCAUACUGGCAGUGGGCCACUUCUUCAUUGCAAUGGGAUGGCCAGGGGCAAUGUAUGUCGGAACCCUGUUGAUUGGGCUUGGCUAUGGAGCACACUGGUCUGUUGGUCCUGCUACUGCCUCUGAGCUCUUUGGCUUGAAGAGUUUUGGAGCAUUGUAUAAUUUCCUUACCUUGGCUAACCCAGGUGGUUCAUUAGUGUUCUCUGGUCUUAUAGCUAGCAGUAUAUAUGACCGAGAAGCAGAGAAACAAGAACAGCAACGCCAUCCUAAUGUUGGUUCUUUCUUCAAUGGUACCCUUACUUCGGAAGCAUCAAAGUGUGAAGGUGCUAUAUGCUUCUUCCUUACUUCCAUGAUCAUGUCUGGAUUAUGCAUUAUCGCAAUUAUCAUGACCAUGACCCUCGUACAUCGGACUAAACCUGUUUACGCUAGCCUCUAUGGAAAACCACGUACCUGAUCUGGGGAGACGGGGCUGUUUACUAUUUUUUUCAUUCUGUGAUUUACUUCCACAAGUUUUUGCUAGAUUUCUCAUAAUGUGGAAUACAAUUUUUUUUUCUAUCUCAAGCCUGUACACAGACGACACUACGCCCUGACCUUCUCUUGCUUGAUACUGAAGCAAUUGUAUACCUUAUUGUUUUGGAGGUCAAUACUUUCCUUGAGAUUGAAUGUAAACCGGUAUUUUGUCUCUAGAUAUUGUACCAUAGUAUCUGUCCUCCAAACUGUGAUAUACUCUGGGAGGUUUCUUUUGAAUAAGAUCAUUCUUUCUCCAGAUUUGGUGGUAUAAUGAUCUUUCUUGUUCA